UGUGUUUGGAGUCUAAAAAAUUACGAAAUUUUGCUGGAACUUGUGAAUGACGAGCUAAAAGCAAAAGGAUAUAUGAUUAGACUACCUGAUAAUCUUGGAAAGAGAAGAGUGGAACAAAAUUUUUAUGAAACAACCGGCAUUAAAUAUAACACUAUAUUAACCAGUCGUACUGGUUUUAGGGUUAAUCCUCUAACUGGAAGGUUAGAGAUGUCCGAAUCUUGGUGGAGCGAUCGAAUUGCGGAAUUUGGAAAAAAUGGAAAUUUUGUAUGA